GUGAUGCCUCACCCGAGCCACCGAAGCACACCCUAGCUUGCAGUCUCACUUGACCUCGAGGACACUCCAGCAGAGGUUUCAGUCAUGGGUAGCCGCCGUGCAGGCCUCCUCCUCCUCUCCCUUAUUCUGGCCAGCACCGCCCUCUCGCGCAGCGCCGAUCCGCCGCCGGUGCACGACACGGACGGCCACGAGCUGCGCGCCGACGCCAACUACUACGUCCUCUCGGCCAACCGCGCCCACGGCGGGGGGCUGACGAUGGCGCCCGGCCACGGGCGCCACUGCCCGCUCUUCGUGUCGCAGGACCCCAACGGGCAGCACGACGGGUUCCCCGUGCGCAUCACCCCGUACGGCGUCGCGCCGUCCGACAAGAUCAUCCGGCUGUCGACCGACGUCCGCAUCUCCUUCCGCGCCUACACGACGUGCCUGCAGUCCACUGAGUGGCACAUCGACAGCGAGCUGGCGGCGGGCCGCCGGCACGUGAUCACCGGCCCGGUCAAGGACCCGAGCCCGAGCGGCAGGGAGAACGCCUUCCGCAUCGAGAAGUACAGCGGCGCCGAGGUGCACGAGUACAAGCUGAUGUCGUGCGGGGACUGGUGCCAGGACCUCGGCGUGUUCAGGGACCUCAAGGGCGGCGCGUGGUUCUUGGGCGCCACCGAGCCAUACCAUGUCGUCGUGUUCAAGAAGGCGCCGCCCGCUUAAGGUCCAAUGGUCCAUCCGUGAAGGGCGUGCGCCCGUAGUGUGCAUGUGUACAUUUGAAUAAGGCUGGCCGAAACAGUGUGCUGUGUUUGGUCUCUUUUAGA